AUGAGCUCAAUCGGAAUCACGCAUACUCACCAAAUGGAUGGCCGAAAAGUCGUUGUCGCGAACAAAUGGGCUUUUUGCUAUCACGGCCACGAGUAUUGCAGGACGUGCGUACUGGAUUCGCGCGCAUUCAAUGAUGGCACCCCCGACAAGGUUCCCGACGCCGACUACCGCAAAGCAUUAUCAAUUGCAGGCAGCUUCUCCAUUUGCAUGGAUAAACAGCGUAGUGGCGGUAACACCAUCAAGUUCUUGGCCUCCUGCAAGGACCACAAUACCCCUAAUUGCCCCAAGUGCUUCAACUGGGAGAAGCUCGUGAAGGCCAACGCUAAGAAGCGCGACUCCGGGAAGGUCGGGGAUCCUGAUCGCCUACUUCAUCUGCUGCGCGUAUCGGGCGUUGAGUUCCCGGAGUUCGAGAAGCUUAUCACGCCAGCUCUUGAGAAGAAACUCGUGUUAACAUUGGACUACUUGCAGCACUUCGUGCUCUUCACGGAUAUGAUACCGCUCGCCCCUGCUGAUCUACCGCUGUGGACUGGCAGGGAUGAUGUUCAUGAAGCUGUCUCUGGGGAGACCGACAUGAUGUCUAUGGCCCUGGAGGCACUCUUGACGAAACGCCCAACCGAUGAGAACACAGUCAUUGGGCAGAUACAUAAGAUGGUCUUUACCAUAGCAGAUCGAUACACUUCUGGCGCGGACACGUUCAUCUUACAUGACACUGAUCAACAAGCCGCCAUAGGUUUACGGGUUUUGGGUGUUUACAACCUUAAAGUGGCCGUACCGCUCGUCUCUGUGAUCUUCAGAGACGUCAAUGGGCCUGCCGUCGCCGUUCUGAGAAGCCUUCUUCAAUCUAAUGCAAAGAGGAAAACGGUUGUGGAUGUCGAGUGCAGUCUGGAUCACCAACUGUUGAUCCGCCGUCUUCUAUUCCGCAACUCCGCUAGAUUAGCGCCUGAGUACUGGCCUGUUCAGCAUAGAACAGACAAGGACUUCACCCUGAGCUUCCUUCUCCCUCUCUCACCUCUGCAUUCACUACAACUGGGCAUGAUUGCACACAAUGCCGGCUGCAUCGUAUGCGGCAAGUUACAAACCACACGUUGCUCCGCUUGCCUCUCGGAGAGGUAUUGCAGCCCUGACUGCCAGAAAGAGCAUUGGAAGGAUCACAAAGCUGUUUGUCAAUCUGUCCGCGACGGUAGAUGGAUGACCUUCCAUUUGUGUGACACCGAGACCUGGAAUGGAGAAGAGUACUACCCUCAGUCAAUUGACAUGAACACGACUCUACUAAACCAUAAACGGCGCCUCGAUCGUGUGCUGCGUGGCGAGCCGCCGAAGAACGUCCAUGGCGACAAAGUCUUUCUCAUCCACGUUGACGGCGGGCUCAACGGGUCGAGGGUGAAGGUACACGAUCGCACUAGGUCCAUCCAGUCCAGCCUUCUUGAGCAGGACGACGGGGCAAACUUCAGGGAGUUGCUGCCGCGACCAACGAACGAUCUGUAUGUUGUGGAUUCAAGUCGUACCUAUCGAUGGGCGAGACGGACGGGAGACUGGGAGUUGAGCAUAUGCCUCGAUCGCAAGCCGACCGAGAACACGAUGUGGUAG